GGAAGAAAAACAGAGCCUGUCUGCGCCCGAGUCUCAUUAUAUUCAAAUAUUCAUUUCAGGAGCCAUUCCGCAGUGCCAUCCCCAGCUACGCGCCGCCGCCGCUUCUCUGAGCCUUUCCAGCAAGUCUGUUCAAGAUUGGCUGUCAAGAAUCAUGGACUGUUAUUACAUGCCUUGUUUUCUGUCAAGACACCAUGAUUCCUGGUAACCGAAUGCUGAUGGUCGUUUUAUUAUGCCAAGUCCUGCUAGGAGGCGCGAGCCAUGCUAGUUUGAUACCUGAGACGGGGAAGAAAAAAGUCGCCGAGAUUCAGGGCCACGCGGGAGGACGCCGCUCAGGGCAGAGCCAUGAGCUCCUUCGGGACUUCGAGGCGACGCUUCUGCAGAUGUUCGGGCUGCGCCGUCGCCCGCAGCCCAGCAAGAACGCCGUCAUUCCGGAUUACAUGCGGGACCUUUACCGGCUGCAGUCUGGGGAGGGGGAGGAGGAAGAACAGAUCCGCGGCUCUGGGCUGGAGUAUCCCGAGCGCCCGGCCAGCCGGGCCAACACCGUGAGGAGCUUCCACCACGAAGAACAUCUGGAGAACAUCCCAGGGACCAGUGAAAACUCCGCUUUCCGUUUCCUCUUUAACCUCAGCAGCGUCCCAGAGAACGAGGUGAUCUCCUCCGCAGAGCUGCGGCUCUUCCGGGAGCAGGUGGACCAGGGCCCUGACUGGGAGCGGGGCUUCCACCGCAUAAACAUUUAUGAGGUUAUGAAGCCCCCGGCAGAAGCGGUGCCCAGGCACCUCAUCACACGACUACUGGACACGAGACUGGUCCACCACAAUGUGACACGGUGGGAGACUUUUGAUGUGAGCCCUGCAGUCCUUCGCUGGACCCGGGAGAAGCAGCCGAACUAUGGGCUGGCCAUUGAGGUGACUCACCUCCAUCAGACACGGACCCAUCAGGGCCAGCAUGUCAGGAUUAGCCGAUCGUUACCUCAAGGGAGUGGGAAUUGGGCCCAGCUCCGGCCCCUCCUGGUCACCUUUGGCCAUGAUGGCCGGGGCCAUGCCUUGACCCGACGCCAGAGGGCCAAGCGUAGCCCUAAGCAUCACCCCCAGCGGGCCCGGAAGAAGAACAAGAACUGCCGGCGCCACUCGCUGUAUGUGGACUUCAGCGAUGUCGGAUGGAAUGACUGGAUUGUGGCCCCACCAGGCUACCAGGCCUUCUACUGCCACGGGGACUGUCCCUUUCCACUGGCUGACCACCUCAACUCAACCAACCAUGCCAUUGUGCAGACCCUGGUUAACUCUGUCAAUUCCAGCAUCCCCAAAGCCUGCUGUGUGCCCACUGAGCUGAGCGCCAUCUCCAUGCUAUAUCUGGAUGAGUACGACAAGGUAGUGCUAAAAAACUACCAGGAGAUGGUAGUGGAGGGGUGCGGGUGCCGCUGAGACCAGGCAGUGCUGAGGACAGACAGACACACACGCUCCCACCCACUCACCCACACCACACAGACUGCUUCCUUCUAGCUGGACUUCUAUCUUUAAAGAAAAAAAAAAGGAAAAAAAGUAAACAUUCACCUUGACCUUAUUUAUGACUUUACGUGCAAAUGUUUUGACCAUAUUGAUCAUAUAUUUUGACAAAAUAUAUUUAUAACGACAUAUUAAGAGAAAAAAAUAAAAUGAGUCAUUAUUUUAAAGGUAAA